AGCAUAUAUCACUAGUGCUCUAGCUCUACGCGCGCACCUCCAACAUCUAUAGAACACCGUGCGUGUUGAAGACAGACACCGCCGGUCGCCGGAGCUUCAUCCAAUCAUCCCCAUGGGGAACACGAGGCCACUCUGCACGGCGACGGCGGCGGCAGCGUGGUGCAGCCAUUGCGGCCUCAUGGGCCUCGCCACGCCGUCCGGUUCCGGCUCCAGCGUCUGGUGCGCGUUCUGCCACCGGCUGACGCGCAUUGAGCGACAGCGCGGCGUGGGCAUGGGCGACAGCGCCACGACGGUGGCGCUCGCCGUAACCUCGCCUCCGAGGUCGCUGACGCUCUCCGCGGGGCGAGAGAUUCCGGCGAGCUACCCCAAGAUACGCGGCAAGAAGCGCGCGCUCCUCGUCGGCGUCAGCUACAGGGGCACCGCGCACGAGCUCAAGGGCACGGUCAACGACGUCAAGGCGAUGAGGCGCCUCCUCUGCGACAAGUUUGGGUUCCCCGGCGACUGUAUCCUCGAGCUCACCGAGAAGGAGAUGGACCCGAGCAGGGUGCCGACGCGGCAGAACCUGCUCCUGGCGAUGCGGUGGUUGACAGAGGGGUGCGCCCCCGGCGACUCGCUGGUGUUCCUCUUCUGCGGCCACGGCAUGCAGGAGGUGGACCUGAAGGACGACGAGGUGGACGGGUACAACGAGGCGCUGUGCCCGGUGGACUUCGAGCAGAGGGGCGUCAUCCUGGACGACGAGAUCAACGAGUCCGUCGUCCGGCCGCUCGGCAGGGGCGUGAAGCUGCACGCUGUCAUGGACACCUGCCACAGCGGCACCAUCAUCGACCUCCCCUACCUCUGCCGCCUGUCCAGAACGGGGUACUGGCAGUGGGAGAAUCACUACCCUGGUGGGACGGGGAAGCGCCCCAAUGGAGGCCUGGUCAUCUCCAUCAGCAGCUGCAGAGACGACCAGAAGUCCGCGGACACCAGCGGAUUUCCUGAGUCGGAAUCGAUCGGCGCCAUGAUGGACAGCUUCAUCGCGGCCGUGGAGGCCGAACCAGGGACGACCUACGGGCGCCUGCUGAGCGCGAUGCGGACGAGGAUCCGCGACGGCCACGGGAGCCGCCUCCUCCCCGGAAGGCUCGGCUCGUACGUGCGCAGGAUGAUCCCGCCCAGCGGCGUGCAGGAGCCUCAGCUGUGUUCUUCAGAGAUGUUUGACAUCUACCGGAAGCCAUUCCUCCUCUGAUUUGCAGGCCGGCUGCUGGUUCGGAACUUGAUUUGAAUGUUGUUAUUGUGGUGCGCAGCUCGAUUAGCCUUCUCUUGUUUCAGUUCAAACCAAUGCAUCUCUGGCAUGUGAACGUAUUGCAGCUGAAUGGGAUUCGCAUCAUGUCAUGUAAUGGUAGUAUGUCGGAUUCGACUUUCCGAUUAUAAGACUUCCGUAUUCGCUGCUAGUAAAAAAAGAAUUCUAUUUGUUA